AUGGAAGUUCGGCUCUUUUUACUGACUCUGAUCUUUUCGACUCGUUCAGUCAAAAUAACAGAUCUUUCGACUCAUUUCGUUAAUUUGAGUCAUUAAUCCUGCUGUAGAAUUAAGUCGCGUACAGUAGGUCAAACGAACGACUAAAAUGAACGAUUCAAUGAGAAAAAUGAAUCGUGACCCUCGAGUCAGUAUAAAAAGUACCGUUGAAAAAUAACAUCGUGCACUAAUAAAGAACUGCGGUUGUGUUCGGGUUGGACUCUCUAGGCUACACUCUUGAGUGUAAAUGAGCAUUUGAAAUGUCAGGAUUUUGUUGCAGUACAAAUAUUAUAGAUUUUAGCUACACAAUUUGAACUUCAACUGUGGAUUUUAAAGUAUCCUAUGUCAAGUCAUCUGCUUCUUGACGGAAUUACUUUUGUUUUCACUUUGUACCUACAUACGGUGCAAACUUCAGUAGUCUUUCAAGCUGAUUUACCAUGUCCGGUGAGAAGCCUAGACAAGAAAAAGGAGGCAGAUGCUGACGGCUUGCCUCAUCUCUUCUGCUGCGCUGCUUUCCAGGACACACAAGAGAGAUGCUGCAUAACAAGUCACCAGGAAGAUAGAAGACAGAGUGUUUUACCCCUCAUCCAAAAGUGGGGAGCCUACUGGCUAAGAAGGAGGCACAUAGCUGGAGUCUUGCCUCAUCUCUACUGCUUCUUCCCAGGACACACAGGAGAUGUAGUGUCACUAAGAAGGCUGCAAUUGACAUGGACAAUAUGCUGAAUCCCAAAACAAUGGAGGAUUUUAAAAUAGUUAUCUUAAUUUUAAGCUACUUCUCUACUGAUCUAAAGCUCAUGUGAAAGAGUGGGCCCAUGCCAUGCUGAGGAGACAGAGGACUGACACUCUUCUAGCCCUUUUGCUGUGGUUUCUCUUCUUCAUCGCCAUGACAAUGAAACAGGCAUAUGGAAAAUCCAUGUGCAGUAAAGAACUUCCCGGAAUUGUGCGAAAAUGCAUUGAGGAAGUUCACAAGAUGGAAUCAUUUGAUUGCAGACUGUACACCCCAACUUUGGCUGAUUAUCAGCAGAAGUGCCCCACGUCCACACUCAUAUGCUUUGAAAAAGAAGUGAAUGUCCUGGUGUUAGAAUCUGGGAAUAAGUCCUCACCCAUAUACAAGCCAAAACUAUCCAUCCGGCUGAAGUCCUUGAUCAAACAGAAAGAAGGUGCCAACUGUCCAGACUGUGAGGCCCACAGAGAAAGGGCAGCAAAGGAUUUCUUAACAACAUUGCAAACAAUUCUGGAGUGGAUGAACGAUCAGGGGUGUCGGAAGCCAUCCAGCCAUUGAGAUGGACACAUCCAUAGACAGGGACAUCCAAGGACUCACAUAAGUGCAGAAGGCUACCUGAACAAUUGCUAUAUGUAGAAAAUACUAUACAUGUAUUGUAAUGUACCAGACCACCGCUAUCUUUCCCAGAGAGAGUAGCUGAGGAUCUGCCGGGGACAUCAUCUCCUUCACUUAGAAUAAAAGUCUGUCUGAUCUAUGUUGUACAUUGAUGCACAAGGCACACACCAGUGUUUGAAUACAGUGUGUCAUAUGUUGUGUAGAUUACUUGAGAUUAAGCUCUUUAUUUUAACAUUUUUUUAUUUGAUUUAGAAUUUUAGGACCCCUUUAGGUAUCAAAAUAAAUAUACAAAUGUUUUGAUAAAAUAUUGAAUUUGGCUUUUACUACUAUAGCCCAUAGAAACGCAUUGACUAACGCAUUUAUAAAUGGCAAAACAAUACAGUAAAAUAAAUAAGGUUUUGAAGUGUCUGUCCUAUAUCUAGGAGAUAUAAGAAAGCUCAGGAGAUAUUUUUGUAUUUUUUUUUUACACAUAUUUAACCCCUUAUUUUUGUUGGCACAAAACUACCUCCAUACUUCCAUUAAUUUGUAUGGGUUACCUUCAGACGAGUCUCGUAACACUUGUGGGGGUAGUACAGCAAAACUGAGGGCACCAUCACGUUCGUGAGAAUCUACCAAAUCCAUAGAGUGGUCAUAGUUUGUAGGCCAAACUGUUCAGACGCUGUAGACGUUUUCUUGAAAUGACAGAAUUUUGUAGCUCGGCCAUCUUUCAACACUGAUGUGGAAGGCUGACAUAGGCGGAUACAGUGGAUUGAGACGCAGCACAUGCAAAAAACUGAUAUCUCUUAAACUGACGGAUUUGGAUGGGAAUAUUUUAAUAUGUUGCUUAGAUUGACUCACGGUUGUGUCAAGGACUGUAUUUUUGUGUUAUUAUGUUUAAAAUGCAUAUUGAUUUGCGCUAACCUGUGCAUCUUGCACAUCUUCUUGGAUUGAAAAAAGGCCUAUGUGUUUACUUUUUACCCUCUCGUUUCAUGGUCAAUUGACAUCCUCAUCAAGUUGUCUAUCCAGGUCUCUUUGGAAUGAGAAAUGAUUUACCUGGGCUGUGUGUCUAAACAUGUGUCUUGACUUGCUGUCAUGUCUGUUCCGUAAACCUGUAAUAUUAGUUGUAGUUUUGAUACACUUUUCAACAUUAACAACAGUAAAAUUAACAACAUAUAAACUGUAGUCAAAUGUACUCAAAUGUUAACCCAUCAGAGUCUAAGCCCUGUCUAACCCGGAGGAGGGGUUCCACUAGUCUAUAUGGAAGUAGUAACUGCAGAUUGCCCCUUUAAGCACAACCGUCUCAUAGCUUAAGUGUAUGUGUGGGCGUGAGAAGUCAGUAUAAAAUGAAUUGUUUUGUAUUCUUGAUUUUAGAACAUUCCCGUGAAUAAACAUUUAACUAUUUUUA